AUGUCUGUCUACUGGAUUGCGCUGUGGGCGGUUGUAGCGAGCGUUUGCCACAACCAAGUGCAAGGAUCUGUACGCAUCACCAACUAUACGGAUGAGUGGGAUGCAAAGUAUCUGGACGUUGAUUUGCGGGUGCGUCGGCUAGAUAAAACGACGGCGAUCGAUUUCGAUCUGGAUCUGAAGCAGGUGCUCGACAAGAAUGUGGAGUAUGAUGUGCGCCUGUGCCGGAAAAUUGCUGGCAAAUAUCAUCAGAUGAUGUACACCGGUAAGCAGCAGGUAUGCGGAAUGGAAACGCGACGUUCGCGGAACCUACUGGACCGCUACAUCGCGUCAGAACUAGUGAAACACUCGAACCUCACCACACGCUGCCCGAUCUCGACCGGUCACUAUGAGGUGCGCAACUUUGAGAUAGACGAUCGGCACCUGAUGAUGAGCGUUGUACCGUCCGGGGAAUUUCUAAUCAAGUUCGGAGUUUACCAUCGCGGAAAGGAGAUAAAAAUGAAUCGUUGGUUCAUCACGGCCACAUAA